AACAACCACACCAUCAAACCACAACACAUACAAGCAAAUCAUUUCAAUUUGCCCUUAAACAUCCUAACUUCAUCCCUAAGAAGUCAUGGGGGGCAAAUCCGGCACAAAAGCGGUCUACUUCGACAAGCUGAAGGGCUUGCUCGACGAGUACAAGUCCAUCUUCAUCGUCAGCGUCGACAAUGUCUCCUCCCAGCAGAUGCACGAGAUCCGAAGCUCCCUCCGUGGUGAGGCUGUCGUCCUGAUGGGCAAGAACACCAUGGUUCGCCGUGCGCUCAAGGGUUUCCUCGCCGAUAACCCAGAGUACGAACGUCUCCUUCCCCACGUCAAGGGAAACGUUGGCUUCAUCUUCACCAAUGGCGAUCUCAAGACUGUCCGUGACAAGAUCCUGGCCAACAGAGUCGCCGCCCCUGCCCGUGCCGGUGCCAUUGCACCUGGUGAUGUCUACGUUCCCGCUGGAAACACUGGUAUGGAACCUGGCAAGACCUCUUUCUUCCAGGCUCUCGGUGUCCCCACCAAGAUUGCUCGUGGUACCAUUGAAAUCACUACCGAUCUCAAGUUGGUCGAGGCUGGCGCCAAGGUCGGUGCUUCCGAAGCCACUCUUCUCAACAUGUUGAACAUUUCUCCCUUCACCUAUGGUAUGAAAGUUCAACAGGUCUACGAGGAGGGCAACAGCUUCUCACCCGAAGUCUUGGACAUCGAGGAGAGCCAGCUAUUGAAGGCUUUGUCGACUGCCAUUGCUACCAUCACAACCAUCUCUCUUGCCGCGAACUACCCUACUCUUCCAUCCAUCAUCCACAGUUUGAUCAAUGGUUACAAGAAUGCCAUCUCCGUCGCCAUUGAGACCGACUACAGCUGGGAGGCUAUUGAUGAGCUCAAGGACCGUAUCGCCAACCCUGACGCAUACGCAGCCGCUGCCCCUGUUGCUGCUGCCGCCACCUCUGCCGGCCCAGCUGCCGCUGCCGCCAAGGAGGAGGAGAAGGAAGAGGAGAAAGAGGAGAGCGAAGAUGAAGGCUUCGGUGGUCUCUUCGACUAAACGUAUCCUGUACGGUGUGACCCACAUGUUGCCCAAUGGCGAAGGGAAUACAAUCAAGCAGCGAACUCUAGACAGUCAAGUUACAUACAAUGAAUUGACAUGCUCACCCGUGAUCGAAAUGUUUUUCGGUGAUCGACAAGUUUUUGAAAGUGACUACGCCCAACAGAGUGAUGACAGUCGAAGCUCACUGAUUUGCCACAGGUGAUUGAUAUUCAUCGUAGAGUUUUGGUCGAAAAUGGUCUCUUUGGUAACCAAGAAAUCGUAGGCUCUCCACCCAUAUUGACCACUAGUUUGCCUGCAAAAUAUAUGCUCCUAGCUCCCAACCAAUUCAAAGCCCAUUCCAAGACCCGCUCGUCACG